AUGCUUCUCAUCGGUCUCACGGGUUCAAUUGCCACAGGCAAGACGACAGUAUCGUCAAUGCUCUCAUCACAACCCUACAACCUCCCGAUCAUAGAUGCAGAUAUUCUAGCGCGCAAGGUUGUGGAGCCGGGAACUCGUGGGUAUGAGGCUAUUGUGAAACAUUUUGGGCCUACGACACCUGAACUUCUGGUGCAACCAUCAGAGAAGAUGCCAGAAGAUGGACCAGACGGCAAAGGCAGACCACUCAACAGACCGGCGUUGGGUAGACGAGUGUUUGGCGACUCAGAGGAGCGAAAGAAGGACAGAGCAGUUCUCAAUCGCAUCGUUCAUCCGGCUGUCCGAUGGGAGAUGUUCAAGUCCGUCGUUGGGUGUUAUUUCAGAGGCCAUUGGGCUGUGGUUCUGGAUAUCCCACUCCUAUUCGAGAGUGGCCUCGAUCGCUUCUGCGGCGUCACAGCUGUAGUCGCAGUCCACGACCCAGCAGUUCAGAUGCAGCGUCUGCGUGCGCGUGAUCCUCACCUUAGCUCCGAAGAUGCCGAGAACAGAGUGCGUAGCCAGACAGAUGUUCGAGAAAAGGCCCGGCGAUGUGAAGAACGAGGAGAAGGCAAAGGAAUAGUGCUGUGGAACGAUGGUUCACGAGAAGAGCUUAAGGAGCAGCUGGAUAAGGCUAUCAAGGAUCUGAGAAAGGCAAGCCCUGAUUGGUGGUCAUGGCUAUUGCUUGGAUGUCCUCCUCUGGCGGUUGCUGUUGCAACGUGGAGGUUCUGGCAGAAUCUUAUUAUUAAUGAGAGAUGGGAGGAGAUGAAGUUGAAUGCGAAGCUGUGA